AGUUCAACGUGGAUCGCUCGAGAAGCAUUUACGUGGACUAGCCAAGUUUCGCGUAUGUAAUGUAAGCAACAUAUACACGUGCAUCAUUUAACAACACCGCACAAACUAAAAAAUGGGUCAGGCAUUUCGUCGAGCAUCUGGCAGGAUCCGUGCCCCUGCACCUCCAUCUUCACCUUCUCAACUCAAUAAGCCACUUGAUCGCACCCAACCAGCCGCCUCCGUUGAUAACAAGGUUCCCGUCGGUGGUAACGUUGACCCUAGCUCCGAUGGUCAACCAAGAAACACUCUGGAUGAUGUUCCCGAAGAGCGUGAUUCUGAAUAUGAUGCUAUGCUUAGCAAGAUGGUUGGCAGAAUUCAAACAAAACCUGGUGGCAAAUUGGAGAUGGGUGAGGCUUUCGUGGUGGACAAGUACAAAAGACCCAUGCCAAAAUUGAGAAACACAACUGCAGAAACUGGCAGAUACGAACAAAGACCCGCUCCCCCAGGAACCCUAAAUGUGGCCCAGCUUCGCCACAUCAUCCUUCUGUAUCAAGGUAAGGCUGAUGAUCACAACGGGCCUAUGGAUGUCAACCAAAUAGCAGAAAAAUUCAAAGUUGAUGUUGCUCAGGUUCAACGGGCUGUGCAGUUUCUUUCUAUGCCUCCGGAAUAUUUCAAUAAACAGAAAAAAGAUCCAAGAUAACUUCACUCAACCUUAUAUCAGUUAUUGUUAUAGCAGCAAUGAGUGUGAUUUUACAGGGAUGACAAACUUUUCUAGACGGUUGACCCGGAACUUGUAGCAUUAUACUUGGUCGUCGCGGAUACAUGCAUCUUCAUAUUUUAAAUAAUUUUUUUUUUUUUUGAAAAAUUUGAUGUUCUUGCUACAGUUUGGUUUCUGUAGAUCAUUUUGAGUAUGCUGCGAGGUUUACAGUUGAAUAACACAUUAGUUGAUGUGUUGUAUGGUUUGUUAAUUGGAUUUAAUGGUUUCUAGUCUAAACGUGAACCUGUUUUGCUUGAUGA